UCCCCUUCUUCUAAAGGAGGGUCUUCCUGGACCCGGGAGCGGACCCUGGUUGCAGUGAAGCCAGAUGGGGUGCAGCGGCGGCUCGUUGGGGAUGUGAUCCAGCGCUUUGAGAGGAGGGGCUUCAAGCUGGUGGGGAUGAAGAUGCUGCAGGCGCCAGAGAGAGUCCUUGCCGAGCACUACCAUGACCUGCAGAGGAAGCCUUUCUAUCCCGCUCUCAUCAGCUACAUGAGCUCCGGCCCCGUGGUAGCCAUGGUCUGGGAAGGUCCCAACGUGGUCUGCUCCUCCAGGGCCAUGAUAGGACACACCGACUCAGCUGCGGCUGCCCCCGGCACCAUCAGGGGGGACUUCAGCGUCCACAUCAGCAGGAACAUCGUCCACGCCAGCGACUCCGUGGAGGGGGCCCAGAGGGAGAUCCAGCUAUGGUUUCAGAGCAGUGAGCUGGUGGACUGGGCGGACGAAGGCCACCAGAGCAGCACCUACCCAUCCUGAGCGCUCAGGCUGCCCUCAGCCACCCAGGAUCAACUACCUCUGUCGACAAGAACUUGAGCCCACACCCGUGGUCUGCGCUUCUGUCCCAGACCACCUCCCUGUCUACCUUCUGCCCCACCCCAGCCCAGAGAGGGUGAACAACCAACUUCAUGUGCCUUUUAGUAUCCUAAGCCAGUAACAGCUUGGACCAAGUCCUUUCUGUACCCAAGUGCCAGACAGCCUUUGGGGCAUCUCCAAGAGUGUACUGUGACCUUCUUUCCCCCCAGGCCAGGGUGGGAGGGGACCACAUUAAAGUGUGUUGUGUAUGGUGGUGGAUUGCUUAUUAGUUUGAGCCAUCUCUGAGGUAGGGAUGAGGACUUUAUGCAAAGUUGUCAGAGUUUGAGUGUUGAAAUAAAGCUUACCUUCUCACAGCCCA